AUGGCAACAACAGAGACAACACCUCGUUAUCGAAAUUUUUCAAAUAAUAUGCCAUCACCAUUAAAUUCAAAUCCUCAUGCAUCAUCAUUAAUAACUGUUGAAAAAGAACCUGAGCGUGAUCCUGAAUAUGAUUGUUUUAUGUGUCGCCAAGCACAUGUUUAUAUUAAACCAAUUGGUAUGCAACAAGAACGUCGUGUAGCACGUCAUCAUCCACCAUCGUUAUCACGUGCAGAAAUAGAUGCAUUAAGUCGAAAGAAAAAUUUAACAAAACAAGAAGCAAGAAAAUUAUUACAAUGUUAUUUUCCUGAAAUAAAAAAUGUUAAAUAUUUUCAAUUACACAAAUAUCAUUCAUGUUGUUAUGAUCCAAGACAUUUAAAUUUAUGUAAAAAUCAUAUAACUGCAUUACAACAUGAACGUGAACAAUAUUGUGAUCAUCAUUAUCAACAUCAAAAUCAAUAUGAAAAUGAUGAAAAUCGUGAUAAAGAUUAUGAAGGAGAAGACGAACCACAUAAUAGAGUUAGUUUUGUACGAAUUAAAAUUGAACCAACCAAAGGUAUACCAACAAGAUUUCUUGGUCCAGCAGCUUUGCCUGAAUCACUUGCUAAUAUGCUUAUCAAACAGGUUAAUCGUCUAGAAAAUAAAAAGGUACCACCAUCAUUUAAUUCAAAUUAUACAAUAGAACCAUAUAAUGUUAGACGAGUAAACAUUCCUCAUGGUUCAGAUGAUGAUAAUGAUGAAGACGACGUCGAUGAUGAUGAUGAUCAAACGACACAUGUUAAAGAAAAAAAAUCAACAAAUGGUGACUUAAUAGUUGAAGAUUUAGAUGAAUUAAAUCGUUUAUAUAUUAAUCGUCAAAAUCCAACAGAUAUUGAUGAAAAUCCAGAUUUUUUUUCGAAACCAUUAAAAAAGAAAAAACGAAAAAAAAGUACAAAGAAAAAAAAUCUUCAUGAAAAUCCUAAAUCAAAAUUAAAACAUUGGGAAUUAUUGGCAUUAGAACAAAACAAAAUAAAAGACACAUGUAAUUGUCGUCAUCAUGUUAUGCAUGUUGAAGAUAAUCAAGUUGUUUACGAUUGGUGUCGAUGUAAAGAUCAUCAACAUAGAGAAAUAAUGGAAAGACGUAAAUCAAUUGCACCUCCACCACCAUCACCACCUCCUCAACAAUCAACUGCACCUCCUCCACCACCUCCACCAAAACCACGUCCAAAACCACAUAAAGUACACAAAAAAUCAAUUGGUAUCGAUGCAACACAACCAACAUCAACUGAAGUUGCCCUAGCUUAUGAUCCGUCGGCAGUUGAUUAUGAUAUGAUUCAAGAAGUAAUCUAUUAUCGAACAGCAUCGGGACGAUUGAUCAAACCUGAAACAAGUAAUGCUUUUACUUAUGAUAGUCUACCUUCAUCAAUGAUGAUCAAUCAUGAAGGACCAAGUCCAAAUAAAGCUGAAGUUUUAUAUAUGACACCUAAUGGUAAAUUACAACCACUCGAAGGUGGCGGACGGAAUCGAGGAAAAACAAAGACAAUUAUUCUAUCAAAACCAGGUUCAUUAUAUAAUGGUGAAGCAUUGAUUGACACUAAACAUACAUCAUCAAAUAAUCGAACUUCAAAUACUAUGCCUGUAUUAAAAUUACCCUCAACAUCAAAAUCAUCAAGACAACAUUCACGUGAUAAUAAUAGGGAAUAUCAACCGACAGAAUUUACAUUGGCGACAUUUUCUUCUGAUAAAGCUGUAGGUACACCUGAUUCACAACGAAAUUUAAGAACUGUUCCAAUGUUAAUGCAAAAAAGUACAAAACCAACUUAUAGUAAUCAAAAUCCAACACCGGAUUAUGGACGUGAAUCAAGUGUUGUUGCUAGUCGUCGUUGGUUUGAUCAACCACUUGGUGAUCAAAAUUUACGUCCAGUACAUGAUGGUCAAUAUGGUUUAAUUGCUGGUACAUCAACAGAUACAUAUCAAACUAAAGCUGAAUUAUCUGAAAAUUAUAAUAAUAAUACAAAAUCAAAUGCACCAAAAAAUACAAGCAAUUGCACAAUAUCAUAA